UGCUAUAUGUCUGCACAGUCUUAUAAGGCUUUGGAGUUCUCUCCCUAUUUAAACCACCAACCAUCUCUUCUCUUGGCUAUCUUCAAUACCAUUUUCUCUCUCUCUCUCUCUCUCCCUUUCUCUGUUUUCUGUUUCUGUCUCUGUUUCUCUCUCUCUCUCUCUGCCUCUCUGCCUCUCUUUACCAUCCACAUUACAAUAAAAUGAUAGGGUUUAGUUUUAGAAGCCUCACAUUCACGUUUUUAUUUGCAUUUCUUAUAUGGUCAUCAAAUUUUGAAGCUUUCAUUGCUAGAAGAGGAAGACAUUGGAGGCCAAGCAGAGGAGGUACUUCAAGUUCUCUGUAUAAGAAUAAGGGAAAGUACAAUCAUGGACAUAAUAAUAAUAAUAAUCAUAAUCAUCACCAUGGUAGCAGUGGAUCAAAAACAAAACCAAAAUCACCACCAUCUCAUAAAGUCGUUGUAGCUCCACCACCACCUUUGACUCCAAAACCAAAAGAAGCUACUCCUCCAAGUCCUCCACGGAAAGGUAACAAUAAUGGUGGACAUUCUGUCACUUUUAAUGUACUGAAUUUUGGCGCUAAAGGAGAUGGAAGUACAGACGACACCAAGGCAUUCCAAGAUGCAUGGGCAGCUGCUUGUAAGGUCGAGGCAUCGACGCUCAUUGUUCCAUCAGGUUCCCAAUUCCUUGUGGGUCCCAUUUCAUUCUCUGGCCCAUAUUGUGCAGCCAAUAUCCUGUUUCAGUUGGAUGGCACAAUUAUAGCACCAACAGACUCCAAGGCAUGGGGUAAAGGUCUAUUGCAAUGGCUGGAAUUCACAAAGCUAAGGGGGAUAACAAUUCAGGGAAAUGGUGUCAUUGAUGGAAGAGGCUCAGUCUGGUGGCAAGACUAUCCUUAUGAGGAUCCCGACGAUGAAUCGAAACUCAUUGUCCCAUUAAACAGCACAGCGCAACAAAAUCCACCAAUGCCGCCGAUAAGAAGCUCCCUCAGUGGGAAAAUGCCAAGCAUCAAGCCAACGGCACUGCGGUUUUAUGGGAGUUUUAAUGUGACGGUCACAGGCAUAACAAUCCAGAGCAGUCCCCAAUUCCACCUCAAGUUCGAUAACUGCAUAGGUGUUUUGGUCCAUGAUAUUAGCGUCUCAUCCCCUGGGGAUAGUCCAAAUACUGAUGGGAUUCACCUACAGAACUCCAAAGAUGUGCUCAUUCACAGCACUACUCUGGCUUGCGGAGAUGAUUGUAUUUCAAUACAAACUGGAUGCUCGAAUGUAUACAUACACAACGUGAACUGUGGGCCAGGGCAUGGAAUCAGCAUUGGAAGUCUAGGGAGGUACAACACCAAAGCCUGUGUCUCUAACAUCACCGUCCGAGACGUAGUGAUGCACAACACAAUGAAUGGUGUCAGAAUCAAGACAUGGCAGGGUGGAUCAGGCUCUGUGCAGGGAGUGCUGUUCUCAAACAUCCAAGUUUCUGAAGUUCAACUUCCAAUUGUGAUUGAUCAGUUCUACUGUGAUAAAAGCACAUGCACGAAUCAAACAACGGCAGUGGCUCUAUCAGAUAUCAACUAUGAGAGAAUAAGAGGGACUUACACAGUAAAACCUGUUCACUUUGCCUGUAGCGAUAGCCUACCAUGUGUAGACGUGACACUAAACGCCAUACAGCUGAAACCACUGCAAGAACGCUAUCACAUGUAUGAUCCAUUCUGCUGGCAGACUUUUGGAGAGUUGAGGUCACCUACUGUUCCACCAAUCGAGUGUUUACAGAUUGGCAAACCAUCCAACAACCGGGUUCAGUCCGAUCACGACGCAUGUUAAUUCUAUACCAUGUGUUUGAUGGUGUAUUCACUUGCGUGGUCGGCAUGAUUUUCCGACCCCUUUCACACCAUUAACUGGUUCAUAAAUGCCUGUAUAUUUUGGCAGUACUAGAUUAUAGGAAAUUUUCAUUUUUUUAGAAAGAUUACAUUGUCUGUGAUUUGUGAGAGAGUAUACAGCAUUGCUUUUAAGUAUCUGGAAUUCUAUAGUAAUGUAUAAGCCAGCAUUCAUUGUUAUGGCAGAUUGCCCGAGUGAGAGAAUAGUAUACAAGUGUUUGCAUUUAGAUGUGCAAUAAAAAUAUCUACAUCUAAA